AUGUAAAGAGAUAAAAAAGAGAAAAAGCAAUACAGAUAUCAAACAAUUCAGAAUAGUCCAAACAGAGAUCAAUAGAUAUUAAUCCCUAUCUAAGUACCUAAACUGCCAUAAAUAAAUACGGUUAUAAGUUAUGACUUCGCUUAGAGGUAAGAGCUCUAGAAGUCCAUGAACCUUAAGAGUCAUAUCUAGGGUUAUCAUAAAAUGGAGGUAAUUAUCCAAAAACUUUACGAGGACUUUAUGAAAUUAAAGCAAGAGAAGAGGAAAUCCCCUAAUAAGGAAUUCGCUGAAAUCAAAAUAGAACUUGAAAAUAUAAGGUUGAAUAAUAGAACUUAAUAGUUGAACUAAAGUGUAGCACUACCCCCACAAAUUCAAGAUGAAAGGCGUAAUAAUUCCCCCUUUAGCAUUUUAUCAGCAUUUGGGGCUAAAAAAACUUUUCUAGCUUAGAUUGGAUAUCCUAGACUAAAAUAAAACAUUCAGAGAAAUAAUCUAGUCAGAUCUAUAAUGUUAGAUGAAGACUAUCAGAGGGAAUGA